AUGUCGCACGACUUUCAGUCAUUGGUUGGGUUUCGUGCUGCGAGGAAUAACGACGGAUUUGUCUUUUACCGCAAUUAAUUGUAUCGGUGAGUGAAUGAUAUUCCAAUGCAUUUGUGAUACGGUCAAGUGAAUAUUAUUGAUAGUGACAUGCAAACAAAACAGUGAAUGUGAGAAGAAGAAAAACGUGCUCCAAAAGGAAUUGGUUCUAGCCGUAGAAUAGAACAAUUAUGUUUGAAAUAAAUUAAAUUUUAGCUGAAUGACUAAAUUUAACGAUAUAAAAUGAUGACUCAACCUACAAUGGCCCUGCGGCCGCAGAAUAAUGGAAUGUCGAAGCCGAGAGCAGUGUAUAGCAUAGACCAAAUACUCGGAACACAACACAGGCUCAAUAACAAUAUUGAUCAUGACAAAGACAACUUAAACGACGACAAUGGCGUCGACAUUGAACACGACGACGAUCAGCCGUUAAUGGGAGAUUUGGAUGGCAUGGAUCACGAUCCCAAUGAUAUGAGCCGACCCAGAAAAAUUCGACGUAGAUCAAGAACCACAUUUACGACAUUUCAAUUACAUCAGCUAGAACGAGCAUUCGAAAAGACUCAGUAUCCAGACGUAUUCACCCGAGAGGAAUUGGCCAUGCGACUGGAUUUAAGCGAAGCUAGAGUGCAGGUGUGGUUUCAAAAUCGUCGAGCCAAGUGGCGUAAAAGAGAAAAAGCUAUGGGCAGAGACACAUCCGCCUAUUUACAUCAUGAACAAGGUCUCAACGAAUUCCAGUUGCCAAUAACAAUGCCUCACAAUAUUGGACAUCCAUCAAUGCCAGCAGAAUUUUGGCCAUCAAAUUUCAGCCUUCAUCCCCCAUUCAACCAUUCCGUGCUUCAUCAGAAUCUAAUACACAAUUACAAGCUGCCGAACAUUCAUGCCAUUUUGUCACAGUACAUGGGACUGAAUAAUUUGGGCUUUUUCGGUUAUCCUCAAAAUUUAUCGGUUAACAAUGCUAGAGUUAGCCCACAGACAAGCCCUGUAGAAAGUCCGACAAAUCCAGAUGUCGGGGAUAAAUAAUUUUCCGCUUUGUGUAGAAAGGAUUCGCUCUAACUAACGCGGAAACGAUAAGUGAAAAUGUAUUUUCACAAGAAUUGUACAUAGUAAAAUGAUUUCUGUUUAGUAGAGGGGGAGGGAGCAUUUCGUUAAACUAAAAAUUUUGCGUCCUUAUGGCAUUUAAGCAGGAAGUUACUGUGAGACGAUUUCAGUUAUUUUUAGUAGUCAAGAGAACAGUAAUUGGAAUUUCUCCAGGUCAUGAAACAACAAGGUUUUGUCAACAAACAAACCUUUGAACGUCAAUGUUAAAUCAGACAUACAAUGCCAACAGCCGAUUUGUUCGAACACUUGUCAUUAUUUUCAACGAGAAUUGUACACAAAAAAAGAAACUUCAGUCUAACAUACGACACUUAUCAGGAAUCAUCAACGAAAGUUGAACAUUCUCGGCAGUUUCUAACAACAGUACUUGAUGCCACUGAUUGCGAUUUUUUCUUCUUCUCGUCUGCCCCUGCUUCGUUUUUGCUAACGAAUCAAGAGCAGACGUAUAAAAGUAGGAAAAGAAAUCGCACUCCAUACCAUGUACCGUUGUUAGAAACUGCCUGGAAUGUUCAACUUUCGUGAUGAUCAAUUCAAAGUGGAAUAUUUGCGGCAGUUUCUAAAAACAGAACUUGAUGCACUGAUUGCAAUUUCUUCUUCUUCUUCUCGUCUGCUCUUGCCUCGUUUUGCUAACGAAUCUAGAACAGACGUAUAAAAGAAUAAGAUGAAAUCGCUGUUCAUGCAUCAUGUGCUGCUGUUAGAAACUGACUGGAACUUUCGGUCAAAGUUGAAUAUUUGCGGCAGUUUUCAACUGCAGUACAUGAUGUAUGGGAUGCGAUUUCGUCUCCUUCUUCUCGUCUGAUCUUGCUUCGUUUAGGUAACGAAUCAAGAGCAGACGUAUAAAAGAAGGAGAAGAAAUCGCACUACAUGCAUCAUGUGCUGCUGUUAGAAUCUGCCGGAAAUGUUCAACUUUCGGUGAUUAUCCCCGAUUCAAAGUUAAAUACUCGCGGCAGUUUCUAACUGCAGUACAUGGUGCAUGGUAUGCAAUUUCGUCUCCUUCUUCUCGUCUGCCCUUGCUUCGUUUUUAUAAAAUAAAAACGAAGCAAGGGCAGACGUAUAAAAGAAGGAGAAGAAAUCGCAUUCCAUGCAUCAUGUACUGCUGUUGGAAACUGCCGCGAAUGUUCAUCUUUUGGAGAUAGUCCCCAAUUCAAACUUCAAUAUUUGCUGCAGUUUCUAACAACAAUACUUGAUGCACUGGUUGCAAUUUCUUCGUCUUCUUCUCGUCUGCUCUUGCUUCGUAACAUUCAUUUUUGUCAACGAAUCAUGAACAGACGUACAAAAGAAGGAGAAUAAAAUGUUUUCGGUGCAACAAGUAUACUGCUGUUAGAAACCUCCACGAAUGUUCCACUUUCGGUGAAUAUUUCCGACAAAUGCUGUAUGUUAGGCUGAAAAUCCUAUUUUUUCACCAUGUUUGUUGAUAAUGGCAAAUGUCCGAACAAAUCAACUGAUGGCAUUGUAUACCUAAUAUUACGUUGACGAUCAAAGGUCUAUUUGCUGAAAAGACUGAUUGUUUCAUGAUCUUGAGAAAAUGUAAUUACGUUUCUUUCGGAUAAAUAAGUGAAAUUGCCUCACAGUCAUUUUUUAAUAAAAUACCAUAGUAGAAACGCUAAAACAUGAAAUGCUUCCCUAAUGCAGGGAAUAAGGUAACGAUAAUUUGAAUUGACAGAGAGUUUCACACGAAUUGUAUAUAAUAAAAUCAAGUACAUCAAAUUGUAAGCUAUACUGUACAAUAAAUUAAUUUCAAUUC